GACCGUCAGACCGUAGAAGGUUUGAGUCGUCGGUUUGUGCGCAGUUGGCCCACUUCGCUCUUGACGAAAAAUUUGUCCUGGGUUUGGAAAAGCAGAUUAUAAUGGCAGACAUUCUGGCUAAAGUCCCCGAUGUAGAGAUUGAUCCAGAGGGAACAUUCAAAUACAUAUUAUUAAGAAUCAGUGUCAAAGACGGCGAUGCAUUUAAGCACAUAGUUCGGGGCACGAAAAGUGCAGAGUACCACAAUCACAUCUUUGAGAAAGUAAGUCCAACCAUGGAGGCCCUGGGUCUGGAGUGUAAAUGUCUUGGAGGAGGGAAAAUCGAGCACAACAGAUCUGACAAAAAAAUUAGAGUCUUUGGUGAAUCAACUGCUUUUGGCAAAGCUGACCAUGCAGAGUCUGCAGAGAAGCUUAAGAGUGCCUUUACUGGCUAUGAGGUCACUUGGUCUGAUGACAAAAAAUAAAAACUCCAACUUUUGUCUGCGGAAGCCUUUGGCUCAGCAUCAAUCCUAUUGCAUUAUUAUAGAUUUAGUCCGCCUGUAAACCUGUAUUGUGUUUGAUAUAUUUGGAAAUGUGCCAGGCGUAAAGUCCAUCCCGGAAGGCGUGAGUUUGUUGGAACCACUUGCACAUCCUGAAAGGAAAGUUGUAUUAGAAUGUGAUAAGCAAAUGGGUGGUUCACAUCACUUUCGUUUCUGACUUGGAUCUGCUGUUUUCAGGAAAGUAAAAUGUGUUAAUAAACCAGCAGGUAUUAAAAUAA